UAACCUAGUAGAGUAAACAAAAAGCUAACUGUCCUUUAACGCCGCCCCCACGGCGCAGUUUUGGUUAACUCAGUUGAUUUUCCGGCGAGAAAUUUUGAUCAGGAUAAAUCCGUUCAUUGAUUCUCUAUGGAUGCAGAUAGAUUAAAUUCUCCACACACUUCUGCAAUACUCAUUGAUGUUCUUGGUCAUCAACUUCAGUUUUGCCAGGAUCCUAAUUCGAAGCAUUUAGGUACUACUGUUUGGGAUGCAUCGAUGGUUUUAGUAAAAUUUCUGGAAAGAAAUUGUCGAAAGGGGAGGUUUUCUCCAUCUAAAUUGAGAGGAAAGCGUGUGAUUGAACUUGGGGCAGGUUGUGGCGUAGCAGGAUUUGGCAUGGCAUUACUUGGAUGUGAUGUAGUUUCAACUGACCAAACUGAGGUUUUGCCAUUGCUAAUGAGAAACGUUGAGCGUAAUACUUCCAGGAUCAUGCAGACAAUCUCAGAUCCAGAUUCAUUUGGUUCCAUACAGGCAGCAGAGUUGGACUGGGGUAAUGAAACUCAUAUAAAGGCUGUUAGCCCUCCAUUCGACUAUAUCAUUGGGACUGAUGUUGUUUAUGCAGAACAUCUUUUGGAACCGCUUUUGCAGACAAUAAUUGCACUAUCUGGACCAAAGACAACAAUUCUGUUGGGUCAUGAAAUUCGAUCAACAAAUGUCCAUGAAAAGAUGCUGGAGACAUGGAAGAGACAUUUUGAGGUCAAAACUGUUCCAAAAGCAAAGAUGGAUAGUACUUACCAACAUCCAAGCAUCCAGUUAUACAUAAUGAGCUUCAAGUCACAAGGAAGUACCUCGGAAAUGGUUAGACAGAUGGCUCAGCAGCAGCAGCAGACAGAAGAGACUAAGAAUGGAUCAGACGAAGAUGAAAGUAAAUAUCAAGGUGAUGUGACUGACAAUGAGGACAAGGUAGACAAUAACCUGGUUAUGGAUCUUGAGAACAGAAAGCUUACUGAUUGGGAAGCUAGAAGAUGUGGUGCAAUGGCUGCUAGACUUCUUCGCGAUGUCAAGAUAACAUAAAUUAGAGGUAGAGAGGUUGUUUCCGAUAAGAUCCUUGGCUCAAGACAUGCAUAGACACAACAUACUACUCUGCUUCUAUAAAGUUGGACAUAUUAACCUUUAGCAGUGUACAACCAGUUGCAGCUUUGGAGAUGUAAGGCCACUGGAUGCAAAGUACUAGCAUGUUAGACCUCAGUUUUUUUAUACUUUGGGUUUUUCAAAGAUGUAUCAAGAAAGAUGAUUUCUCAAUUUAAGUUUAGAUGUUGAUGUUUUUACUAUUUUAACAAGACAGAAGAUGCUCAAAUUAAUCAAAGAUUUAAGGCUGAUUAUGUGUUAUCUUA